CGGGUCCCGCCUCCUCGCCUUGUUGACCAACCAUGCAGCCGACGGAGCGGGCGCUGCCUGGGUUGUGGCUCCCAGAACGUACCGUGUGGUUAAGUACCGGAACCCCCAUGCCACUUCUGGGCCUCGGCACCUUCCGCCUUCAGGGGGACGAGGCAGUGCGCGCCAGCCUGGAAGCUGCUCUGGAGAACGGCUACCGCUUGGUGGACACGGCCGCCGUCUACGGCAAUGAGGCUGCCCUCGGGCGAGCGCUCCGGGAAUUGCUACCACGCCACCGUCUUGCUCGCGAGGACGUUUUUCUGACCAGCAAGCUGAGUCCGAGGGAUCACGGGGAGGAGGCUGCCCAAAAGGCCUGCCUUCGCAGCUUGCAAGACCUAGGCUGCAGUUACCUGGAUCUCUACCUCAUCCACUGGCCGGGAACUCAAGGCUGGCCUCAGGAGGAUGCCGGGAACCGGGAACGCAGGCUACAGAGUUGGCGAGCCUUGGAGAGGUUGCACGAAGCUGGGAGGCUCCGGGCAAUUGGGGUCUCCAACUACACAGUCCAGCACCUUCAGGAAUUGCUGGCCCACUGCAGGGUGACCCCCGCGGUCCUGCAGGUGGAAUUCCACCCUGAACUGGCACAGUCAGAGCUGCUGAAGUUUUGCAGCCAGAACGGCAUCCACUUGCAAGCUUAUUCCUCGCUGGGGACCGGUCACCUGGUAGGGCACCCGGAAGUGGAGGCUGUAGCCCUGCAGCACGGCCGCACACCUGCCCAGGUCCUACUACGCUGGGCUCUGCAGCAAGGCGUGAGCGUGAUUCCCAAGUCAGCAUCUCGGCGCCGUGUGGCUGAAAACGCCCAGCUCUGGUCGUGGGACCUGAGCCAAGCCGACAUGGAAAAACUGCGCAGUCUGGAUUGUGGGAAACGUUAUUGCUGGGACCCCAGUGGGGUCGCUUAGGAAGCUGACAUGGAUGGGAUGCCAGGCUUAAACUUUGGGCACAGCUUAAACCAGGGGUCCCCGAACUCAUCAGCUCAUUGAUCCCUUUGUGAAGUUUCAGAUUGUUCAUCAGCCCCCAACCAUUUAUUGUAUAAAAAUAAUUUGAUACGGGUUGUCCUUGUUUAACGACCACAAUUGGGACUGGAAUUUUGGUUGCUAAGUGAAGCAGUCAUUAAGCAAAUCUGACCCAAUUUUAUGUUUUUUGCGGCGGUCGUUAAGCAAACCAUGUGAUUGUUAAGCGAAUCACGUGGUUCCCCACUGCUUGCCGGAAGCUGGCUGGGAAGGUUGAAAAUGACGAUGACGUGACCAUGGAACACUGUGAUGCUUGUAAAGGCAAACCAGUCGCCAAGUGCCCAAUUCACGAUCAUGUGACUGGGGAUGCUGCAACGGUCCUAAGUGUGAGGACAGGUUCUAAGUCGGGUUUUUCAGCACCGUCGUAAGUCCGAAGCAUUGCUAAAUGAAUGGUCGUUAAGCGAGGACCACCUGUACUACUUUAACUAAUAGCACUAUUAGAAGACGGGGAGUAACAAUAAUGGAUAGUCCCAUCAACCCUUUGGGGUUGAUAUUGACCACCUUGGGGAACUCAAGGCGGUUUUAAGCCAAACGCAGCUUCCUAUUCUGCAGCUUAAUGUGUUGUAAAGUCCUAGCACAGGCAGUUAAUUUAUAGUUCAGCAUGCUACACAAACCCCUGGCUGAGUCAAUGAUGAAUUAGCCUGGUUUGUGAAUGCCAGGCUAUUUAGUUGCUAGUUUUUGGGCUGGGAUCUGAGCCUCCCACCCGGUUGGGAGAUUGUGGUGAGGAACAUCAUCAGAGGCUGAAGCCGGAAGUAACAACCUUUAAUAAAAGUUUAUGUACAUU